GUGUCUACUUUCCUAGCUGUACGCGAACGCAGCAUGACCCGGAUAUCGAUCGUGUGUUGUGAGCAGGAAGACGCGCGCGGUCCUCAGCGUGCAGCAGGAUGAUUCAUUUGAACCGGUGUCCGCCGACGCCAACCGGACUGCGCAGGGCGAAGACCUGCUGAGGAGGCCUAAACAACUGCUGCGUGUGACACACAUCACUUCUGACCUCUGCUGGACUACCGCAACCAAUGUCGGACAUUUGUGUCGACGUGUUGUUUGAUGACACUCCACAGAGGCAAACUCCAUCGAACCGGAAGAGGAAGAGAAACAGGGCGCCGCUCAAAAAGAAUUCAGAGCAAAGGGGCUCACCGGAAGGUAAACAGGAAUACGACCACAGAAUGGGUCGGACCAGAUAUGUUCAAGCUCCACCGCGCCGCAACGGAGCCGUCACAAACCAUCCGUCAGCUCCCUCUCACACACACAACAACAGUUUACCUCACUCAAGCAGCAGCUCAGCCGGCACUUCACACCCCAGCGCCAAGCCUUCGACGUCCAACCAGGGACCCGUGAACACCAGCGCCACCCACUGCCCCUCGGCGUCAAGCAGCCAUAAACAGACAUCAGCAGGAAUCCCCGCAAAGUACCUCGCCAUCGACUGUGAGAUGGUGGGUUCGGGACCAAAGGGGCACAUCAGCCAGCUGGCACGCUGCAGCUUGGUGUCCUACGACGGAGACGUGGUUUACGACAAAUUCAUCAAACCCGCCAUGCCUGUUACCGACUUCCGCACCCGAUGGAGCGGCAUACGGCGCUGCGACCUCGUCAAUGCUGUCCCACACUCUGACGCCAGGAAGGAGAUCGUGAGGCUGCUCAUGGGGAAGGUGGUGAUCGGCCACGCCAUCCACAACGACUUCAAGGCCCUCGGCUACUCUCACCCCGCUGCCUUGACCAGAGACACGUCUCGGAUCCCUCUGCUCAACCAGAAGGCCGGCUUCGCUGCGACCGAGUGCGCCUCGCUGAAGAGACUCACCAAGGCCAUCUUCAACCGCGACAUCCAGACGGGGAAGAAGGGCCACUCUUCUGUGGAGGAUGCCAGAGCCACUAUGGAGCUUUACAAGGUGGUGGAGGAGGAGUGGGAGAAGCAUCUGGCCUCCAAAUCACAGGCCAGUUAGUGUCUGAUUACAGGACACGACAUGGAAAUAAACUGAGCUUAAACGGACAUUUGGUGUGGCCGACUGGUUUCAGGAUCAACCCCCCCCCCCUCUGCUGUCUGGUUGAUGUGUGAAUGUUAAUCAGAUCUGCAGUCCAGCUGUUCCAGGACAACACUGAGCCCAGAGUGACGCCACUACGGUGUUUGUUCAUCUUCUCAACCAUUUAAGGAUGGAAGACAUUUUAAGUCUGACCAAACUGCCACUAAAAGAGUUCUGUCACGUGUCAGCUUUGAUUUUUUAACGUUUGAAUUGUGUUUAAGUGAAUAAUUGGGAUGAAAUACUGCCAUAUAGUUUGAUCAAGCACUGAUGUUCUUCCGGGAGGUCGGUACCGAGGUCGUCAGGCCCGCAUGAGGCUUUUAUGGAAUAUUUUGUCACUAACCGGUAGCCGUACGGGGCAUACUGCUUUUAUCAUUUCCAGCCACGUUUUAAAAUGUGACAAAAUGGUUUUUAGUGUAAAUGUUGGAAAAGCAUAGAUCUCUAGAAAGAAGAAGAAGAAAAAAAGUUGUUGGUGAAGAAAAACUAAUUUGUGAUUUUGUGGCAAAGUCAGGUUGGAAACCUCGUAUAACCUCGUAAACCUCUCCAUAUUGUCUUUUUUUUCAUGAAUUAAUGCUAUUGGUUACCCCCAGUGUGAACCUAUCGUUACAUCACCCGUUGGUUGUUUGUUGAGUACCGCUUUGAAGCCUGGAGUUUGGCGUUAUGGUAUGUAAAUGUUAAGGUAGUCACAUUAUUAUUCAAUUAUUUCAACUCCUGUUUUCCAGUCAGAUUUAAAGCCAAAAAAACCCCUCUUACAUCCACCCACAUAUAGGACAUGACCUCUGUGUCCUCAAUGGUAGCUACAGCCCCGAUGCUCUUCAUGUCUCUCCUUGCAUGGACGCUGGUCUUAAAAUAAAACUUCCACUUGUCACAGCGUUUGAUGAAACCGCUGUGUUUCUCUGACCUCUUCCAGUUCAUGUAAAUCUGCUGUUUUGGGAUACAGAAGUGGUUUCUUUCAUACAGUUUCCUAUGCAACGACAGACGACUUCAGCUGUCUCCUGUACACGUUCAGCUCUUCAAUAAAUCAUUACCACAAUCA